CCUGGAGCAGUAUAUGUGCCCUGAACAGUCCACGUUGAACGAGUCUCAAUCAUCCUCAAAAGUGACAUCUUCCGAAGCCAUGGCAGACUCAACUAGUGCCGAAAAGCCUCCGCAGUCUGGGGAAGAAGUCUCACCACAGGCCGCUACUGCUGGCGAGGGACCAGGCGCAGGCAGCAAGAGACCUUUCACCGGCGGCUGCCAUUGCAAACGCAUCACAUACGAAGUGCAAUUCGAUCCCGCAGAGCUGAAAAACGUAUCGCGCUGCAAUUGCACAUUCUGUCAGAGACUCGGCUUGAUCAACCUCGGAGUCAAGAACCCAGGCUCGGACUUCAAGCUCGUGAGCCCUGCAACGCGCGAGGAAAUCGAUGACUACGCUCCGCGGACCAAGGCGACGGAAGCGGGCAAUCUAGACGUACAUCGACGCUUUUGCUCGCGCUGCGGCGUGCACGUAUGGAGCGAGGGCUGGCAUCAGUUUGGUGAUCAGCGGCACGAUUUCUUCGGGGUCAAUUUGGUGACUUUGGAUCAGCCACAAGAUGGUCUCGAGUUGAAUGAGGCCAAGUUCACGUAUUGGGAUGGGUUGCAUAACAACUGGGACGCUGGAAAGCAAGACCAUCCAUUCCCGGGCGGUUUGCUCUAGAUGCUCGUGCUCAAUGCUACACAACUUGUCUAGGUUCGGCUGUCGUCGAUGCGGAUCUGUGUUUUGAGAACAACGUCAGUCAUUGCGCUCGACCCUGAAUAGUCCGUGGAAAAUCGACAGAGCUGUUCAAAUGGUCAGUGUGUCCCGGUCUAAGCAGCGACGGCAGGUAUUUGUCGAUACGAGCCAUGCCUUUUACGGCUCUUCCUAGAAGCAAAUGGGUGGUAAUCUCAUCAAGGAAAUUGUUGUGACUGUGCUCAAAAGAAAGAGAUUCCAGGCUUACCAGUAUUGAACGUGUUGAACGCAGCCAAUGCGCUACUCCCAUCAUUCCAUGCACACCUUUGGUGGAGAUGUAAAGACGAAAUUUGAUAGCAGGAGAAAAUGUACAGUACGGAGAAUUGAUUGACAAAAGUCGUGG